AUGAAGGAACACGAUAUCAUGAGGAAAAGAAAAAGCACUCAUGAUCAUCGAAGCAACUCACAAGCUUUCGAUGAUGAAGAUGAGGAUUUGCUUAGACUAUCAUUGUCUAAUGAUACAAGGAGGACCGGAGCUAGAUUGUCGGAAGAACAUUCUAGUAUUCCUCCACUCUCAUCCUUGUCGGUGAUGCCACCGCAACCAUCAUCAUCUCAACAACAAGCAGCAGUCGCAGCCGCAGUUUCAUUGUCCAUGCAAACGCUGCUUUCUCAACCGAUUCAUCCUCUCACCUUAUCAACUUCUCAUAUCCUUUUUAACUCUGGUUUUAUGUCACCUCCGGCGGCUUCUUUUGUUUAUUCCCAGGAACCUGUCUUGUCGGUGCCGGGGUCUUCCUCUCAGGCUGUUCUCAGCUCCUCUAUGUUAUCUCAAUCUUUGUCUCAGGGUCCGGACUUAUCGGUACCGGCGGCUGCCCCUCAUAAUCUUAUCAACUCAUCGUUAAUAUCCCAAACUUUGUCUCCUGGUUCCCUUUCUUACCCUCAAGAACCUGUCUCGACGGCGGUGGCGGCGCAUGUUUCCGUCACUAGCAGCAGUUCUCCUCGACCUUCACGUGUUCGGAGGAACCCUACACAAAACCUACGAGAAGGUAAAAGCGAGACGGUGGAACCACCAUUCCCAUGGGCCACGAACCACCGAGCCACGGUCUAUAACAUUAACUAUUUGUUAUCCGAAAAAAACAUAUCCAAAAUCACCGGUAUUGUUCAAUGCAAGAAAUGCGAGAAACAGUACUCCAUGGAUUUCGAUUUGAAAGAAAAGUUCAGUGAAAUCGGGAGCUUUAUAGCUGAAAACAAGAACUCCAUGCACGACAGAGCCCUUCUUUCAUGGUUGAACCCUGUCCUACCCAAAUGCAAGUACUGCAACCAAGAAAACAGCGCUAAGCCGGUGAUUGCCGACAAGAAAAAGGACAUAAACUGGCUGUUUUUGUUUUUGGGACAGCUGUUGGGAUGCUGUACUUUGGAGCAGUUAAAGUAUUUCUGCAAACAUACCAAGAAUCACCGUACUGGUGCUAAAGAUCGGGUUCUUUAUCUUACUUAUCUUGGACUCUGCAAACAACUUGAUCCUAGUGGCCCUUUUAGCCGAUAA